GUUUGCACUCGUGUGUAUGCACUUAUAUGUGUCCGCAUACCUUGAUAGCAUCUAUCCAGACUCCUUUGUUGUCCAUCUGUCCGUCGCUCAACAACCUUCUCACCUUUUUCAGGUUCUCCUCACUCCUCACACUUUUUUUCCAAACAGAGGAUUGCUGACAUAUUGCCUUCAUGGAGGAUUACCACAAACCUGACCAGCAGACAGUGCAGGCGUUAAGGAACAUCGCCAACCGCCUCAGGAUCCACUCCAUCAAGGCGACGACUGCAGCAGGCACCGGACACCCCACAUCAUGCUGCAGCGUGGCCGAAAUCAUGUCUGUCCUUUUCUUCCACACCAUGAAGUACCGCCCUGAAGACCCCCGCAACUUCCACAGCGAUCGUUUCCUCAUGUCUAAGGCUCUUACUGCACCUGCCUUGUACGCCAUGUGGGUUGAGAUGGGCUUCCUGAAGGAGAGCGAGAUGCUGACUUUGUGCCAGGUUGACUCCUCACAGGAGGGCCAUCUCGUUCCUGUAAGGAGACAUCAAAUGCUCACUACGGGUGUAACGAAGCAGCAAUUCGUGGACGUGACCAUUGGCUAUUUAGGGCAGGGACUGGGUGUGGCCUGUGGAAUGGCGUACACGGCGAAAUACUUUGACAAAGCAAGCUACCGCGUUUACUGCCUGUUGGGGGAAGGCGAGAUGGCCGAAGGCUCCGUGUGGGAAGCCAUGUCGUUCGCUUCUCACUACCAACUUGACAACCUGGUGGCUGUCAUGGAUAUCAACCGCCUGAGCCAAAGUGACAACGCACCUUUGCAGCAUAACGCCGAGAAAUACCAGAGACGCUGUGAAGCUUUCGGCUGGCAUACCAUCAUUGCGGAUGGACACAGCGUGGAGGAGCUGUGCAAGGCUCUGGGCCAACCACGCCAUAAGCCCACCGCCAUCCUCGCCAAAACCGUCAAGGGCAAAGGCAUUCCAGCUGCAGAAGAUAAGAUGGGCUGGCACUCCAAAACCCUGCCUAAAGACAUGGCCGAGAUGGUCAUGAAGGAUCUGCAGAGUCGGAUUAUGAGCACCAGCAAGCACUUGUACCCGCCUGCUCCCGUAGAGGACUCGCCCCCAGUCAGCCUGAGAAACAUCCGCAUGGCCAGCGCCCCCGCUUACAAGCCCGGAGAAAAGAUUGCCACACGUAAGGCCUACGGGAUGGCGAUCGCCAAGUUAGGCCGCUAUAACGAGCGCGUGGUGGCCUUGGACGGGGACACGAACAAUCUCACCUACGCGGAGAUCUUCAAGAAUGAGCAUCCCAAUCGCUUUGUGGAAUGUUACGUUUCCCAGCAGAACAUGGUCAGUGCCGCCAUUGGAUGUAGCGCCCGCGAGAGGAACAUUGUGUUCGCCAGCACACUGGCAUCCUUUUUCAGCCGUGCCUACGAGCAACUCCGCAUGGCGGCCAUAUUGGACAGCAACAUCAACGUGUGUGGCUCCCACUGCGGCCUCUCCACCGGUGAGGAAGGGCCUUCCAUGAUGGGGUUGGAGGACAUGGCAAUGUUCAGGGCGCUCCCUAUGACCACCAUCUUCUAUCCCAGUGACGGAGUGUCUACAGAGAAGGCUGUGGAACUGGCGGCAUCCACAAAGGGUGUGUGCUACAUCCGGACCAGCCGCCAAGACAGCGCCGUCAUCUACAACAGCAAUGAAGACUUCCAUGUUGGACAGGCUAAGGUGGUGUACCAGAGCAAAGAGGACCAGGUGACUGUGGUGGCUGCCGGUGUGCCUCUUCAUGAGGCUCUGGCUGCAGCUGAACACCUUAAGAAAGAGAGGAUAUCUGUGCGUGUCAUUGAUCCAUUCACAAUCAAACCCCUCGAUACCAAGACCAUCAUCGAGCACGCGCGUGCCACCAGGGGAAGAAUCCUCACUGUGGAGGACCAUUACUAUGAAGGUGGUCUUGGGGAAGCCGUCUGCUCAGCGGUGGUCAACGAGUCGGGCUUCAGUCUGCAUCGUCUGGCCGUGUCUCACGUCUCGCACAGCGGCAAACCUCAAGAGCUGCUCAAGAUCUACGGCAUCGAUCGCGACGCCAUCACUCAGGCCAUACGCAAGAUGCUCAGCACCUCCACCAACGCCAAGUAAAAGUCCUCCCCUCGCCACGCCCGUUUCUGAUCAAACCUCUUAACCCGGGGGGUGUCCAAACAAGGGCCACUACAGAAAAAAAUUACUAUGUUUGAUAUCUUAUUAAACACUAAAGUUUCACUAUUGUGGGUUGAGAUAUAAUGAGAAGCUAUCAAAGAUAGCUUAGUAAUUAUUACUGCUAGUGUGGUAUCUUUUUCUCUUAUCUUCAUUUUACAUAAACAAUAUUCCCUAAGGGCCAAUAAAAACGGGACUGAGGGCAACACUUUGGACACCCCCUGUUUUAAACAGUCACAUGACACCAAAUCCUCUCCAGUCUUGCACUGUGAAUUCUCUAAUGUGUUUCCUAAAGUUUGUGAUUGUGAUUAUGUGAUGUACACUUCAAGGUAGAAUUUCACUUUUGCUAUUCUUUCAUGCAUUCGACACACACACACACACACACACGCGCACACACACACACACACGCACACACACGCACACGCACACGCUCCCCACACGUCUUUUUACAUGUUGUGAUGCUUUCAUGUGUUUUCUGGAGAAUGCUUUUGAAGUAACCUCAUUAAGGUGGCGGUGUUUUUUUAAAUUUUUGGAAUAUAUACUCUAUCGUUCCAAAUGUAGUUCCCACAAUUGGGUGGCAGGGUUAGUGUUAACGUAGUUGUCAUGACGACAGUGUCAGAAAGAAACAAAAUUGUUUGUAGAAGUUAGUGGGGGAAAAAAAGAUAUCAAACAAAUGUAGUUUGGUGAAAGGUUGCACCAAAACCACACAUACGCAUGUUUUAGACAUUUCCAAUGUAGCAGAGUGUGUUGUGUUGUUGAUUUGUCAUCAGCCUCACACUUUGUUUAGUGCACACUUGGCACCAGCAGUGUAAUCAUGUGUUUUUUUAAGAGAUGGAAAUUUGAUUGUGACCGUGAAGGCAGUCUCACAUCUAACUUGUCAUCCUAAGAACUGUUACUUGAAGUUUUGUAAGUACUAUGCUUCAUGUAAUAAAACCCUCUACAUUUGA